ACACCACACAACAAAAUACUAUAAAUUGGACAAAAUAAAAGAUUAAAGAAAAACAAAGUUAUGUGUACACUAUCAUCCCAACCAGACACCACACAACAAAAUACUAUAAAUUGGACAAAAUAAAAGAUUAAAGAAAAACAAGUAAACAUUACAAAAAAUAUAAGAUAACAAGUAGAGAUAAAGAACAUAAUGCAAAUGUAUACAAACAUGUUUUGGUCCUUAUGUUUGACUAUAAUGAUAACCCAAACAUUAUCGGGUAAACCCCACAGUCAUGUUUGUUUGCAUUCAAUAGAAAAUAAGAUUACAUUUUACAAAUAUUGUAUUCAUAAUGCAAAUGCAUACAAACAUGUUUUGGUCCUUAUGUUUGACUAUAAUGAUAACCCAAACAUUAUCGGGUAAACCCCACAGUCAUGUUUGUUUGCAUUCAAUAGAAAAUAAACAAAACAAAGAAAUAGAUUAAGAAAAUUGUAAUCACUUUAGUAGUUAUAUAAGCAGAACAUAACUUGAAACAUCAGAGAAUAAAAUAUAAUGUCAUAGAAACAACAUCAUUGGCAUUUUUAUUCCUCCGCUCGAACAAACCUAAAACUGGCGCAGUCGGUAAAAACAAACUGCAAAGUUGAGCGAUACUAAAAACUGAAGUUUUUAAGUUUCGUAAGCUUUAGCAACGGGAAGCAAAUCUUAAGAUUAGCUCCCAUUUUAAAAAGAUCUCUUAUAUAUACAAAUAUAUAAGUCGGUCGGCACAGAUAGCCAAGUUUAAGAAAUUUAAGUUUCUACACAAGUUAUCUGGAACGUCGGAGAGCGACUCCGAGGACUACAAUUUGUGAAGGCGAAGAAUAGCUUCAUUCCGCCCAUCAACAUUACCAGGAAGAGUGGGAUUAAAGAUUAAUGCCCCACACACAGAAGACGCAGAAAGAGCGAAGUGCACCAUACAAAGCAACAACAACAAGUUCAGUUGUAAUAAAAGAGGAUACAUCAGCAAUGAAUCCAGGCGAGCAGCAACCACUUCAGAUGACAGGAUCGCAAAUUUUGAAGGAAGCUUCAAGAAUCAUGGACUUUGACGGCAGAGAUUUAUCAUCAUUCAUCAGGGAAGUUGACAUGAUCCUUCCUUUAUUCAACCCCAACCCAUCAAUGUUGGAAUUUGUAACGCAGCGACACGUCAAAACAAAAAUUAAAGGAGAAGCAGCAAGUGUCAUCCGGCCUUUGGGACCUACACCAACAUGGCAGCAAAUGAGAGAAGAACUCAUAAAGAAUUUUGGAGUAAAGGAGUCGUACCACACCCUUUACAAUCAGGCGAUUGUACUACGAAACUAUAACGUAAGUCAAUAUUUCCAAAAUUUAAAAGAUAUUUUAGAUAAACUAAAUUUAAAACAUGAAUUCGAUAGGAUAAAGCCUAUAGAAUUUUCCCCAAUUAACAACGAAAGUUUAAUUCUAAAAACAUUUUUAAAUGGGAUACACCCCAACUUAAGCAGUGUAGUGAUUAGUAGAAAUAUAAGCACCAUUAGAGAGGCUUUUAGCGUUCUUCAAGAGACAGGUUUGCUAAUACAAUUUGAUAAAAGACAAAACAAUUAUAAAAGAAAUAAUUAUAGAAAUUUUUCAAAUAGAAAUUCUUUGUCUCACAAUUUUGGCAAUUUCAAUAAUAACCAGUAUAUGCAAAAUUCCAAUAAUUUUCAAUUUGGACAAAAUCAGCCGAGAGAAUUUCGUAACAAUUCUAACCAAAAUGACAAUUAUCAACAAUUUAGCUUUGGACAAAGUAGGCAAAAUAAUUCACAACAAUCUAGAAGAUAUAAUUCAGUCCAAAGGAGACAAAACCCCCCGAACCGAUGGAAAUAGAUCACGUUCAAGAACAAGCAAAUUUUCGGUUGCCAGCCCAAAACAAUCGUUACCGAUAAUAGAAGUGACCAUAAAAAAUUCCAAAAUUAAAUGUCUUAUUGACACAGGGUCUACAACAUCAUUAUUGAAAUAUAAUGUGUUAAAAGAUUAUGAAUGCAUUGAGCUUGAUAAACCAAUACACUUUAGCACCAUUAAGGAAAAUUUUUCCCUAAAUAAAGAGUUAGUCACCCCAACCCCAAACGAAUUCAAUGAAAAAAGUUAUAUACAUUGGAAACUAACCAACAUAAAAAAUAAAAACUUUGAUGCAAUAAUAGGACAAAAUAUUUUAAAACCUAUUAAAGCAAUAAUUAACUUAGAAAAGGAGUAUGUAGAAAUAAACGGCAAUAAAAUUAAAUUUAUAAACUCAUGCCCUUACAAUUACGAAGAUAUUAAUAUACUUACAGAAUGUAAAGAGAAUUUGCUAGAUAUUUUAUCAAAUAGUGACAUGAAUGAAGAAGAAAAGCAAAAAUUAGAAUACAUUCUAAAAGCAAAUAGCGAUUUAUUUUUCCAAGAAGGUAAAAACCUUUCUCAUACUCAUGAAAUUCAGCAUGAAAUAGUUACAAAAACAAGUAGACCAACUUAUAAUAAAAUUUAUAGAUAUCCCCAAAUUCAUGAAGAAGAAAUUAUUAGACAGAUGAACGAGAUGUUGCGCCAAGGUAUAAUUAAAGAAAGUAAUUCCCCGUACAACUCGCCUCUUUGGAUUGUACCGAAAAAGCAAGACAAUUCAAUGAAGAAAAAAUGGAGAAUAGUUAUUGACUACAGGAAGCUAAACGAAGUCACUAUAGAUGACAAAUUUCCAAUACCCCAUAUAGAAACAAUACUCAGCAAACUUGGAAGAGCUCAGUAUUUUACAACAUUAGAUCUUGCAAAAGGCUUUCAUCAAGUAUUAAUAAAAGAAGAAGAUAGACCAAAAACAGCUUUCUCUACACCCCAAGGACACUUUGAAUUUAUAAGAAUGCCGUUCGGACUAAAGAAUGCACCAGCAACUUUCCAACGUUUAAUGAAUUCAGUUCUUAGGGAAUAUAUCAACAAGAUAUGUGUAGUUUAUUUAGACGACAUCUUAAUUUUUAGUUCAAGUAUUGAAGAACAUACCCAAAAUAUCACCAAAAUAUUUUCAGCAUUAAGAAAACAUAAUUUAAAGAUUCAGGUAGAUAAAUGCAAAUUUUUCGCGAAAACAACUGAAUUUCUAGGUCACACUUUAACAACAGAAGGGAUACAACCAAAUUUAAGCAAAAUCGAAAACAUACAAAAACUAAAGUUGCCUACUACAUCAAAGCAAAUUAAAUCAUUCCUAGGUAUAACAGGUUAUUAUAGAAAAUUUGUAAGAGAUUACGCUAAAGUAGCACAUGGUUUAACAAAAUAUUUAAAAAAGGAUAUUAAAAUAAACACUCGCGAUCCUCAGUACAUAUCAUCCUUUGAAAAACUUAAAAAUCUAUUAGUAAGCCCACCAAUAUUGAAAUAUCCAGACUUUAACAAAAAAUUUGGCAUUUCAACUGAUGCAAGUGACUUUGCAAUUGGCGCAGUAUUAACCCAGGACAGUCAUCCUAUAAGCUAUGCUAGUCGAACACUUAACAAACACGAAAGAAGUUAUUCCACUACAGAAAAAGAACUACUAGCUAUUGUCUGGGCAGUGACAUAUUAUAGACCAUACAUUUAUGGCAGAGCAUUCGAUCUCUUAACCGAUCACCAACCACUUAAGUGGCUCCAAAUAAAAAACAAGGGAAAAGACAUUAACCCAAGAUUGCAAAGAUGGUUAAUUAAACUAGGUGAAUACAAUAUUAAUAUAAAUUACGUGAAAGGAAAGGAAAAUAACGUAGCCGAUUUUCUAAGUAGAAUAGAUAGUAACACAGGCGAGAUUCAUUCAUUGGAAGAAGACAACAUAAGCACAAAUGCUACAA